GAGCGAGCAACGGGGGUUGGUUGGAGUGGGAGUGGGCAGAGCUGCGAGCUGUGAUCUGUUAUCUGCUUACGUGAAUGAGGGAACAUUCUAGUUUUGACGUUUGAUUUUGGCUGGAAGUGUGACGCUGUCGCAUUUUGACAAGCAAAUAUCUGCAGAGGAAAUGGCGCUUAAACUUGUAAUUGUGCUUUCGUUGCUGGCUGCGUCCACGCUAGCCAGCCUAGCUCCUAUCGAUAAUCCAAAGAAAGAAGACACUAGCAGUAGUGAUCAUGUGCUCCAGCUCAAGAGGGACUCUUCAGUUCCAGCGCUACCAUCACCUGGAGCUUCAAAUAUGUCCCUAUCUCCUAACAAAAACGAUAGUGGAACCAUUGCAGUAACCACCCUCACUGAAACCAUAGCCCCAGUAACUCUACUACUCCCAAAUGACACAACCACCACUUCUGCCCCUGCAACUAACGCUACCACUACCUCCGCUGCCCCCAUCACAACUGCACCCCCCACUCCUGCUCCUAAUGCAACCACACCUGUUCCUCCAGCUACCACUACAGUGAAACCUACACCACCCACUCCUGCUCCUAAUGCAACCACAACUACUCCUCCAACUACCACUUCGACAAUCAAACCUCCUGGACCUGCUCCCAACACAACCACUGUUGCUCCCCCCACUACUUCAACUCCUGGUCCCAACACAACAACCACCACCACAGUCAAACCUCCCACCCCAUCUCCCACCCCAUCUCCCACCCCAUCUCCCACCCCAUCUCCCACUCCAUCUCCCACUCCAUCUCCCACUCCAUCUCCCACCCCAACUCCUACCCCUUCCCCUACCCCAUCUCCUACCCCUGCUUCUACCCCUGCUCCUAAACCUGCGCCUAUACCAGAUCGUCAUUUUGAUGGGCCAAGUUUCAUUGGGGGUAUUGUAUUGGCACUGGGAAUGAUGUCAAUUGGAUUUGUUGCCUGGAAGUUUUACAAAGCCAGACAUGAACGCAACUAUCACACCCUAUCUAACUUUGGAGACUCUUCUGUCAUUUGAGAAUGGUAUAUUAUUAAACUGAACUCACUGUUGUCAAGCAAGUGGUUCAGCGUGAGUAUUGGCACAUGAGCACAAGGAGUGCAUUUUAUGGCCACUUAUCAAAAUUUUUGUUUUAAAGCGCUUGUACAGCUUAAGGAUGUGAUUGGUGCUUGUGAUUUAGUGAUAUCACUCGUCAUUAAGACGCUUGGGAGUGAGCUUUUCAAGGCUUUUAGUCAUAUUGUUGUAGCCCCCUCAGCGUUUCACUCAGUGUCCUCUACUGUCUGGAAUGACCUUGCACUGCACUCAAUGUCAGUCCUAACUCUGAGUUAAAUAACUGUAAUUCUCUGUGUGAUAUUAUAAUUGCAAAUGUCAAAAGGGAGCUGGGGAUAAUAGAUUGAAAGAUUUUGCUACCAAGCACAAAUCAGGUAAGAUUUUCUGUGCUGGAAAUGCUCUUGGCCCUACUCUCUUAGGAAAAGAAUGUAAAAUAGACUGGGAGCUAUGUGGGAUGGUCACACUGCAGUGGAUCAAGGCUCACAGCGACUCCAGCUCCUGCAAGACUGAUGUUAUUUAGGAAUUAAAGAAAUACUAAUAUCUAGCAGGUAGGGAUGUCUCUGGUUUUGAAUCUAUUAUUAUAAUUUUUCUUAUGGAAUCUCAUACUUGUCUCCAUUAUUAUUGUUUGAGGUGGAUAGUUCAUUUUGUGUACUUCUACUGAUUAUCUCAUUUAUUUGUUAUUCAAAAUUGUUCUAAUGAUAGAUUUGUUGAAAUUUCGUCCCUUCUAUGUUUGCAGUACUCAUAACGCAUGUGCUGUUUAUGAUUGAAAGUUAUUCUGUGUAUUCAAAAGAUAUUUUCAAUGAUGAUUUUUAUUUUAGAGAUGUAGAAGUAUUGAAAACAGUGUUAAAAUUGAAAUUAGUCAUCAAUGUUUUUCGUAGAAAACAACAACUGUUCUGUCCUACUAUUGUGAAGUGAGAGAAUGGUUUUUAUCAAUCCUGACCAAACUACUUAUUGUAAGAAUAUGAAAUUGUGUGUGCUGGUUUUUUUAAAUUCUGUAUCCUUGAGAAGUGCUUAAUUUAAGAAGAGUUUCUGGCUUUCUUUCUGCAGAGAUACUUUUUGUAUUUGGUGAAUUGAAAUCUAUGGCCUGUUGUGUGUACAAUGUUAUUUGAGUGGUGGUUGAUUGGUAUACUAGCUCUUAACUUCUUCUUAAGUGGGUAAUUUUGACAGUUUCCUUAGUUUUAUUAUUUCUUACGUUUUGAAUAUUUGUAUUUUUUACUUUCUUUUCUUAUAUCUUUCUUGAUUAGCAAGAACUUCUGAAUGUGAUUCGUGUCCAUUCUGCCUUGCGGGUGGUAUCUGCCACUCUUCUGACAACAGACAUGACCUGCUGCUUCCUCCCUCCAAGCAAGGCAUAUGGCUUUUCUUUAAUCAAAGUAGACCGAUAAUAUUUUUAUCUCUGCAAUGUUUUUUUAAGUUUAGUUCAGGGGUGCUUUCAGUUUUCUAUUCUAUCUCAUCUGAGGAAAAUGUCAUGUUCAAAUAUACUAGUCUAUAAAUCUGUGGCCACUGCUUUUCCUCCACUUAAUUGUUUCUAAACAUUGUGUAGUAAGGUAUGUCUUAUCUCAUUACAAAUGUCAAUUGUGGCCAAGCACCCCCUCCGAGAUCUGCCUCAUGCACUAUUAAUUGAGUGCUAUUAGCAGCAAGCCACUUUGGUUGACUUUCCUUUGUUGAAUGUUAUGUUAUUCUGUAUAUAGUUUGUAUCUGUAUAAACACAACUUAUCUUUCAUGUGCCACAUGAUUAAGGUUUCAUCAAAAAUCUUUCGCUCAAAAAUGUAAUGAGUGUUUAGAAGUGUAUUGUCCGCUUCUCAUUUAUUUUUAAGCCUAUGAUCAAGCAUAGCUCAUCUACACUGUCCCAUCUAACAACUUCCUUUAAGAUGGCUUGACUUGCUUGUGUUGACUUGAAAUUUCAUUAUAUUUGGCCUCAGAUUAUUUUAUGAUCUGACUUAGGCCUUAGAUGAUUAUAAAAUUUCACAACACCCGAUGCUUUUUAAGUUGUCUUGUUAGCCACUAAAAGGUGGUAUUUUCCAGAACCUUGUUUUGUGCAAUGACACAUUAUCUUGUUUAUUUUGUUGUGUUUUUUUUUUUUUUCAUUUCUUUUUCAUGACUUUGACAGCAUGAUUCUUGUCUUCUUUACUGUUUUCAUUGUAUUUGUAUGAGUACAAUUAUUAUUUCUGUCUGUUUUUCAUGUGACAUUUUAUUUUCACUCUGUCUUAAGCAACUUAUUGAGCAUUAUGCACAAGCACAAGUUUAAUUUGUUUGUUUAGACAGCUAUGUGCUGGAUCCAAAGUUAGCAAAUGCUUGAAUUGAGUGACUAAUUUUAUUAAAUGGUUUUGGAAAUAUUUGACAAUAUGUAACUUGAAACCUACUGCUGGAAUCAGUCAUGAGGUGAGGGGCCUCUUUGUGACCCUCCGACUGUGAUUGGCUCAUCGAGUUUUGAGUCAGAGCUGCCUCAAAUGAGGUGAGACGCCUCACCUCACAAGACUGAAUUCACCAUAUUUAUCUUUCAAAAUGGAUGGUUGGAUGGUCUCAUUACAGUACAGCACAAUGCUUUAGUCCUGUGCAUUAUUUCUCUUGCCUGUCUAGUAUUUGCUUAUCUUAAACCAGCCCCUGCAAGUGUUGAGACCAACAAGUGCUUUACAAGUGAUUUACUAUUUUCAUGCAAGGAAAUUUUCUAUUUAAAAAGGAAUUCUCUCAUUUAAAAUGUUACAGGAAUUGAUAAUACACCAUUGAAUCACUGCUGAAGCUACAUUCCUUUCUACUGUUGUGUGCAGUUAGAUGUGAUAACCUUGAAGUCAUUUGAAAAUGAAUAUAUGUGUAUGAUACCAAAAUAUUUUGAUUAUAUGUAUUCAUUGUGAUUGAUGUAUAUUGGCAGUUAACCCAAAGUGGAAAACUAUAUGAAUGAAUAAAGUGAGGAAUUGAAAA